AUGUUCGGCGCAUUAAAUCGUUUCAUCGGCCGCCUGGACGGGGAGCCAGGUCAGCAGCCUCGAUCUGGUCCCAGCGACAACGCUUUUGGCUUCCAAGUCCUCCGCAAUAAGGACCCCGAUCUGCCUUUGGAGCCAUGGUUUGACUUUAUUGUGGGAAUCAAUGGACACACUAUAGAAGACCCAGAUCCCAACCUCUUUGCGACAGAAUGCCGCAAUUGCGCUGGAGGAAGCUUGACGCUUGAAGUGUGGAGUGCGAAGGGUCAACGAACACAUACUGUGACCUAUGCGGUACCACCAACAAACCCCUCCCUUGGCCUCGCAUUGCAGCUUGCUCCACUGGCUUCGACACAGAACAUAUGGCACGUCAUUGCAGUACCAUCACCGCUAAGCCCAGCAUACCGAGCCGGUCUGCUACCAUACUCAGAUUAUAUCAUUGGAACCCCCAGUGGGACAUUAAGAGGGGAGGCGGCACUGGGAGAGCUGGUGGAAGAUCAUCUCAACCGCACGCUGGUACUGUGGGUCUACAAUAGCGAAUUCGACGUGGUUCGUGAGGUCGAGCUCAUUCCGACCAGAGGUUGGGGCGGUGAAGGUGCCCUUGGUGCCGAACUUGGAUUUGGUGCCUUGCACCGGCUGCCGCUCGGACUGGGAGAGGAGGUCGAAGGACCCGGUGAGGUGGUUUUCGAAACACGCGACAGCAACAGCCCUGCGCCGGUGAAUGAUACUGCAAGCUCCGUGCCAGGGGUGCCACCUCCUUCUAACAACUACUUGAUCCCCGCCAAUCUAACGGCGCCGCCACCUCUGGCCGCCGCUCAACGCGUUGCCUCACCGUCACAAAGUAGGUCUCCUGCGGGCCGCCGUGCAGGAAAGUCACGACCGGGUGUCUCCCCCAAUCGGGCAUUCGAUGACUAUUUUGCCGAAGGUGAAGAGAAGAGUCGGGCGCAGGAUUAUGCACCCUCACGACAUGGCACUCCUCUGCCUCCCCCGCCAAAGGCAGGAGCAACACCAAAUCACUUGGAGAGCCCUGCAACUGCACCCGAGGCACCUGAGGGAUCUCCUGGGCCUACCCAAGAGGAAUGA